CUCAUAACAUAUGUUCCUUCAACAAGUUAAUAAGUCUUUUCAAGUUUUGCAUAAGCAGCUAACAACACUAGCUUUUAUGUUCCUUCCUCUGCCCAAACAAACAACAAAAAACAUUAUAUAGCUAAAAAGCUAGCUAGAACAUAGUGACUCAUAGCAUAGAGAAUAUAUUGAUUAUACAUGGCAUCAAUGGAAGACAUCAACAUGUGUACUGAGCAAAUUACACUUCCAGGAUUCAGAUUUCACCCCACAGAAGAAGAACUCCUUGAUUUCUAUCUUAAGAAUAUGGUUGUUGGCAAAAAACUUCGUUAUGAUGUCAUUGGUUUUCUCAAUAUCUAUCACCAUGAUCCUUGUGACUUGCCAGGUUUGUCAAAGGUUGGGGAAAGAGAAUGGUAUUUUUUCGUGCCAAGGGACAAAAAACAUGGUAGUGGAGGAAGGCCUAACCGCACAACUGAAAAAGGUUUCUGGAAAGCCACCGGUUCGGACCGGAAAAUCGUGACGUUAUCGGAUCCGAAACGCAUAAUUGGGUUGAGGAAGACGUUGGUUUUCUAUGAGGGAAGAGCUCCAAGAGGAACCAAGACUGAUUGGGUUAUGAAUGAAUACCGUUUACCUGACAAUAGCCCCUUGCCUAAGGACAUAGUAUUAUGCAAGAUAUAUAGAAAGGCAACUUCCUUGAAAGUGCUUGAGCAAAGAGCAGCAGAAGAAGAAGAGAUGAAACAAAUGGUGGGUUCCCCUACAUCUUCCCCACCUUCCUCUACAGACACAAUCUCCUUCAACUACACACAACAAGACCAAAACAUGUCCAUGCCCUUAUUAUUUCAACAAGUCAUUCCUAAGAAAGAAUCUGAACAUGAAAUAAUUAAAACUGAAGAUAUGGUUUCUUUGUCAAGUCAUGAAAAAAUUGUGAAAGAUAACAAAAAACCUUGUGGAACAUCUUUGCAAUUGCCCUUAGGGAAGGACAAUGUACCUGAGCUUCAGUUACCUAUAGCUGCUGAUUGGACCCAAGAUACAUUUUGGGCUCAGUUUAAUAGUCCUUGGCAACAUAACUGGAGUGCUUACACCAAUAUCCUGAAUUUUUAAUUAAUUAAUUAAUUAAUGACUUUGUGUUAAAUUAAUCAAAUGCAAGUUUAUUAGUAUCUUUUUAUUUUGGAAUUUAUGUAUAUCAGUCAUUUAAUUAAUAACGUAAAUUAUUGUGAUACAAGCUGAAUUAAUUAGGCAGGUAGUAUAUUCGUUCAAGUGGUGUGAGUUUUGCAUGUGAAACUUGACAAUUCUACCCGGUUCUUAGAUGAUAUAAUAUUAGAUGUAAUAGUUAGUUACAAUAAUUAGUUACACCUGUUAGAUUAGUUGUUCAUGUUGGCUAUAAAAGUCUUGAUGUAUCCUUUAAUGUAAUCAACAAUUCUCCUAUUAAUCAAUAUACUUUUCUUU